AUGGCUGAAGAAAAGAGCCAGGAAAAAUGGGAAGGAGAAGUCUCAGGUCAGUUAAAAAGCUCAAAAGCACGAGAUGUUUGGCCUCUGAUUGCGGAUUUUUUCAACCUACACAAGCUGCUCCCAACGCUCGACCAGUGUCACCAAGUGGGCAGUGAGGUCACCGGCGUUCAGCCGGGUGUUAUCCGCUACUGCGGGUCCACGACAACGUCGCCCUCCAGCGAGACGAUUACCCAGUGGGCCAAUGAGAAGCUGACAGAGAUCGAUCCGGUCAAACGGAGUCUGAGUUACGAGAUCACUGAAAACAACGUGGGGUUCAAGUCUUGGGUGGCGACCAUGCAAGUAUUGCCGAUCGACGGUGAUGAAGAGGGCGGGAGUGAGAUCAAGUGGUCGUUUGUUGGAGAUCCCGCUGAGGGUUGGACUUAUGAGAUUAUGGUGGGGUAUCAUGAUUCUUCUCUCCAAACCAUUGCUAAGAAAAUAGAAGAUGCUUUGAGCUCUAAAGUUAAUAGUUAA